AUGCCGUUUGAUGAAUCACUAGUGACUUCAGAGCCUUCAACACAUGUUGAAUGUUCUCAGUCAGAAUCAGGAGCGCUUGAAAAGAAACCAAUUAAAGCACGCGUCAAAAAUCUUGAGGCGAUUUGGUUUGGAGAACAUUAUCUUCAAACAUGGUAUUUUUCACCAUAUCCCCAAGAAUAUACAGAAGCACGUGUAAUUUACAUUUGCGAAUUUUGCUUGUAUCAUUUUGCUAGUGAAAAGCAAUUUGAACGACAUUGUAAAAAAUGCACGAUUAGACAUCCACCAGGAAAUGAAAUAUAUCGAGACGGCGAUGUUUCGUUUUUUGAAAUUGAUGGAGCAAGACAAGUAACAUAUUGUCAAAAUUUAUCGCUACUUUCAAAACUCUUCCUUGAUCAAAAAUCACUAUAUUAUGAUCUUAUUCCGUUCAUGUUUUAUGUAAUGUGUCGAUCAGACACGUAUGGGUUCCAUACAAUUGGAUACUUUUCAAAGGAGAAGAAUAGUAUAGAACAUAAUCUUUCAUGUAUUUUAACACUGCCACAUUUUCAGAGACAAGGAUAUGGAAGAUUACUGAUAGAAAUGUCGUAUGAGCUAGCCAAGAUUGAAAAUAAGAUAGGAACACCAGAAAAACCAUUUUCUGAUCUUGGAUUAUUAUCAUACCAAAAAUACUGGCAAGAAACAAUUAUAGAAAUUCUGCAUCGAUAUCAUCAAUUUCAUGGAGGAGAAAUUACAAUAGAAGAAAUUUCGGAAAAAACGUACAUUGAUCAGAGAGACGUUUUGUACACAUUGCAUACACUUGGAAUUGGUUCAUAUCAAGGCCAGACAACAAUUAGAUUGACAGAUGCAAUGAUAGAUAUGUCAAAAAAUAAAAAACGUAGGAUUGAUAGUAUUGCAGUAAAUAAAGUGUUGGCUGUGUUCUGA